AUGUCCACUCCUCCUCCGCCGACCCCUCCUCCCUCUGUCCCACCACAACAACCCCCUCCUAUCCCCUUCUCCGCCACCCCUCCUGCACCCCCACCCGGCGGCCCUGCCCCUGUCGCUCCAGGCGCUCCAGGCGCCAAACCCCCUCUCGAACCCCUAACAGGCUUCCGCUCCGCUCUCGAACAUACUGGCCUCCCGCGCUCUGUGUUGACAUACAAGCCCCGCCUACCCUCGCGCAACUGGCUCAUCUUUUGGUCUGUCCUUUCCAGCGUGUCAUACCUGUACUAUGACGACCGCCGGCGGUGCAAGAAGAUCAAGGCCGAGUAUAUUGCCAAAGUAGAGCAUUUGGGGAAGGAGGUGUUGGAGGGCGGGAGCCUGGGGCUGGUUAGGAAGGUGAGGGUCCUAGCGGCUAGGUGGCCGGAGGAUGAUGAGGCUGAUAGAGGGGCUAAAUAUUUCCGCAAGUACCUCAAGCCAUACCUAGUCGCCGCGGGUAUAGACUACGACACCCUCCCCCCACCUUUAUACGGCGCCAUAACGCGCCAGACCCACGCCGCGAUCCUCACCGCCCGUCGACAGAAACUAGGGCUGGAACCCACCCCCGUUCCUCUCUCUGUACCCGGCGCCAUCGAUCCAGCGGCGGUCGAAGCGAAUGACCUCGCGGGCGGUGUGAUUCUGAUCGGUCGGCCGAGUCUCAAGGAGUAUAUGGAGGGGCUGAAGCGGGGAUGGGCGGGCUCGGUAGAUGAGUGGGUAUGGGAGAAGGAGGUGGAAGCGCGGAUGAAGGGGGAUGGGGUAUUUGAGGGGCCUGCAAGCGAAGUGGGCGAGGCGAGCUCGGGCGCGGAGUUUGCGGCGGACGUGCCCACGACACAAUCGUCCGGGAUGUCGCCUACCGGCUUAUCAUUCCUUAACCGACCUCAACCAUCCCUCUCCUCUGCGUCCGCAUCGCAGGCCGGACCCCAGGUCCCCACACACAUGCACCUCCCGCCCAACCCGCUCCCACCACAACCUCCAUUGCUCCUCGUCCCCUGGACCAACCACCUCGGCUUCCAACAGAUCCCCUACAUGAUCUACGAUUUCUUUACUGAACACCGUAAAGUCGAAGAGGGCGCCAAAUUGGCUUAUGCUCUCAUAUGCGGCCACACCCGGCCCUUCCUCGCUUCCUCCUCCUCUUCCUUCCCUACCGCCAACACCUCCUCCCCCUCUCCCUUCUCCUCUUCCGAAGCUCCCGCUUCCACCCCCGGCUCCCUCGGCCCCGGCCUAGGCUCCGACCUAGACUUUGACCGCCAAGCCGAACGAUACUUCAAAAACGAUUUCGACGACCUCCCCGCCCGCCUUCAAAAAGCCAAAGACGACUAUUACCCCGAUCUCUCUGCCCGCCUCGCGGACGUCCGGGCACUAGCGGCCGGCGAGAGGGAGUUGACGGAUGCGGAAAAGAAGAGCACCAAGCCGCUCGUCAGCGAAGAGGAUCUACGGGAUGAGCGCAAGAAGAAGGAGUUGCGGUGGAGGGGCCAGGUGGAAGGGUGGGGGAUUGUGAGGAAGGAGCAGGGGGUGACGUACGAGGAUGGGUGGGAGGGGUGGUUGAGCGUCUUUAGGGAGCCGAGGGAGGGGGAGGGGGAGGGCGCGAAGAAGAAUGAGGAGAAGGUUUGGUAG